UUCAGUUGGCGCGCGACCGUCGUGAAGGAAGGUUCUAGGGGAGCUACGCUCCGUCCCCUUCAGAAUGGCGGUACCCCCGAACGUAAUGGGAGUCGGCAUCCCCGUCUUCAUGUACAACAACUGUCUCAACCUCACCAACCUGUCUGAGGUCGCCUUCUGUCAGAACGCCUCCUCGAUCUCCACCCCCGAGGACAACGGAGACCCCGACAGUUUCACGGUGAUGGAGAAGAUCGUAUCCAUAGCAGUUCCCAUACUGUUUGGAAUCAUCGUGCUCCUCGGUCUCUUCGGGAAUCUGCUGGUUGUUAUUGUGGUAGCAGCUAACCAACAGAUGCGAUCUACAACCAACCUACUGAUUAUCAAUCUGGCAGUGGCUGAUUUACUGUUUAUUGUGUUCUGUGUACCGUUCACGGCCACUGAUUAUAUACUGCCGUUCUGGCCUUUUGGUGACUUCUGGUGUAAGACUGUGCAGUACCUGAUCUGUGUGACUGCCUACGCCAGUGUCUACACUCUGGUGCUCAUGUCCUUGGACAGGUUCCUGGCGGUGGUGCACCCGAUCGCGUCGAUGUCGGUUCGCACGGAACGCAACGCGAUCACGGCGAUCGUGGUGGUGUGGGUCGUGAUCGUGGUCGGCUGCGUGCCCGUCUUCCUGUCGCACGGCGUCGCCUCCUAUGUCUACUCGAGCAACGUGCAAAGUGCCUGCGUCUACCUACAAUACGACCCCGUCAACCGGCCCGACGGCCAUAAUAAGCCGCUCUUCCAGAUCACGUUCUUCACGACAUCGUACGUGGUUCCGCUGGCACUGAUCUGCGGCCUGUACCUGUGCAUGAUCAUGCGUCUGUGGCGCGGCGUGGCGCCCGGCGGCCAUUGCUCGGCCGAGAGCCGACGUGGCAAGAAGCGCGUCACCAGGAUGGUUGUCGUCGUCGUCGCAAUAUUCGCCAUCUGCUGGUGUCCCAUACAGGUGAUCCUGGUGCUGAAGAGUGUGGACCGUUACGAGAUCACCAACACAUCAGUGAUGGUGCAAAUCGUGAGUCACGUGUUGGCCUACAUGAACUCAUGCGUCAACCCCAUCCUCUACGCUUUCCUCUCGGAAAACUUCAGGAAAGCUUUCCGCAAGGUGAUCUACUGUGGACCGGACCGCGCCCAUAUGACUGGACAAAUUAAUGGGCCCGAAAAGUCGGCGCUCACAAAAACCACUCGCACAAACGAUAUCUUGUGAGGAAUCAAGGUCCAAAUUACCAUGAAAGUUGCAAUCAAGAUGGCUGACAGAAAGAGAUGGAGCUUCAACACCUUGGACACAUUAUUUGUUUUCCUUCAGUAAAAUAUUUCAAUCGAAAAAUUUGCAAGACAACCAUAAGGUUAAUAGUUAUUGUUUAGCUGAACAUAAUUUUGUUUCAGGCAAUAUCUUAAGGAUUACGGUAAUUGUAUAAUUGAAAAACUAGAAGUAUUGUUGAAAUUGUCAAGUAAAUCUACUCUGAUUCGAAUUUUUGAAUUCUCUCUACCAAAAAUGGCUUGUAUUGAAUGGAAGAAGCCCGUAUGUUAUUGUAUACUGCAAAGAACGAUAUGGUUUAGAAAGUUUAUUAUUAUAUAUUUCUCUUAUUAAAGUGGGCCUAACAGAGCAUAUGAGCUUGUGUAUUGUAUUCGAGGUAGAGAUCAUCAAUUUAUUACAGUAAUUUGAACUCUAUAAAAGUCAGAAGUUGAAAUAAGCCUAAAAAUUCAACAAUGGAAUGGAAUGGAAAUAUAUAAAAUAGAAGAGUUGUCAUAUUUUGGAUACUAUUAGCCUAAAUGAUGAGCGAGCGAGUAUAUCAGGAAUUACGAAAUCACUUUAACGUUCACAUCCAAGUUUCUACAGUAACUUUUUACCUACCCAAAAUUUCCAAUAAUGGCCUAUAUCAGUUUUAGAAGCUCUAUCUCACGAAUCAUAUCAAUUCUAGGUAAAAAAUGUUUGUCAUUAAUUUAUUUCAUCAAUUUUAAUAAGAAACUAAGCUGAAUGCUUGGGUGAUAAUGAAAACUUUACAAUUGAAAAAUCCAAAAUAUAACACAUUUAGGUGUCCAAAAACCGAAUUUAUGAAAAUCAUAUUUGAAUCAAUGAUUUUAUAGUUGUAAAAAAGGCAUCAAGUCUUAAACACAAAAAUAUUGAAUUAAACGUUGGGAUGGAAAAAUCUGGACAGGAAUCUUUAUUUUAAUAAUGUAACACAGUAGAAUUCUACUCAAUUAAUAAUACUGAAGCCAAUAAAAUCAAUUAAUCCUACACUGAAAACUCUUGAGCUUAAUUGAAUCUUUCUAGCUCUCAUUUACGCUUCGAAAGUUUCAUAUCCACUAAGGACUUGUAAACAUCAACUAUUUUUGUACAAAAUCAACUCAAAAUCCAAUAAAAUAAAUAUUAUUCAAGUUUAACUGUAAAAAAUUCUGUUUAAGUGUUGUAAAUAAUGUAAAUAGAUAAUAUUCAAACUAUAUCAUCAUCUUAAACGAAAACGUUGAUAUUUUUUUAUUUCUAUCUACAUCAAAUUAGACUCUCCCAAUGUUCCGUAUUGGUUGAUUAUGUACCUUUAUACUGUGUUUACUUAAAAGGAAGUUACCAAGCUGAAUGUAUAUAAAAAUUUAUGCAUAUGAAUAAAUUGUUAUCAUGAAUAUGUUUAAAUAGAAAAUAUACUACUAUAUUACCUGUACUUGUAAAAUAGAUUUGAAACAUUUUUGCAUGUUUAUUCCGACAAAAAGAGACUAUUGAGUUGGUGUAUAUAUAGCUUUCAUUAUAGAAUUUGUAAAAUAAAUAUAUUUGAUUAUUUGCUGUCAAAGUAAUAUAUAUAUAUUCGAAGAGUCAUUGUAAAUUAUUGUGAAAUAGUUUAUUGUAAGGAAGCAUGCUGAUUAUUUAGUAUGUAAAACUGAGUGUUACCGACUUUAGAGAUUUUAAGAUGAUGUAUAAAUAUAGUUCUAUUGGAUAAAUGUAGUGUGUGACAAAGCUAAAUCAAAUACUGUACUGUAUGUACUAUCAUUCAUGAAUUUGUGAACUGUUCGCUUCUACACUGAGCAAUGUCUUCGAUAUUGUUGCAGUUAUAAGUGGUAGAUCUCUAAGCUAUACGAAUGCUCAACAACCAAUCAUCGUGAAUCGACAAUUUUGUCUCCGCCCUCUCCAGCAGCCAAUCAGAAUCGAUAUCCGAGCCCCCUUAUCUUCUGAUUGGUGAGAGGACGGACGACAAUGCACGAUUCCCCACCCUCCAUUCUAGACCUAAGAUUUGUGGCUGUAUUUUGUUGAUUUUCGUAAAAAUUUAAAAGUUUAAUAAAGUUUCAAAUUUAUAUGUA